AUGAAGAACAUCAUCUUGAAGCUACCCAUGGGUGGGCAGAAGCAGACUUACGUGGCAGAUCCAUAUUCAUUGGAUAAUUAUCUUCAAGAUGAUUUGUCGCCAUCUAUGGAUCAUCAUCAUACUUCUAAAACCGAUCAGUUCUUAUCUUUCCUCAACAAUUCUCCAUUGCCAAAUCAAACCAAGCCUGUGCAGGAGGUUGAUUCCAGUGUGGAUGACAAGACUUUGAUUGAGCAUUCUUCGACAGGAAAAGGCAGGAAGCUGUCAACGCCUUUGUCGGAUAGUGAACAACUGGAGAAGGCAAAGAAGUGUGAGUUUGUACAGGGACUAUUGUCAUCAGCCAUUUUUUAUGAUGGAUGUGACUUCUUCUGA